AUGAACGGCGCAUUAGGCAACUCGUCCGCCUCUGUGAGCGGCGGCGGUGGAGAAGGAGCUGGAGGACCGGCGCCUUUCCUGGUGAAGACUUACGAGAUGGUAGAUGACUCGUCGACGGAUCAGAUUGUCUCCUGGAGCUCCACCAACAACAGCUUCAUCGUUUGGAACCAUGCUGAAUUCUCACGCCUCCUUCUCCCGACUUACUUCAAGCACAACAACUUCUCUUCCUUCAUCCGCCAGCUCAAUACCUAUGGAUUUCGGAAGAUUGAUCCAGAGAGAUGGGAGUUUUCAAAUGACGAUUUCAUCAAAGAUCAGAAGCAACUUCUCAAGAACAUACACAGAAGGAAACCAAUACACAGCCACAGCCAUCCACCAGCAUCGUCAAUAGAUCAAGAACGAGCGGCGCUGCAAGAGCAAAUGGACAAGCUCACGCACGAGAAAGCUGCGAUCGAAGCGAAGCUUUUGAAGUUUAAACAGCAGAAGUCAACAGCAAAGCAUCACCUAGAAGAAAUGACCGAGCAUGUCGACGAUAUGGAGAAACGGCAGAAGAAGCUGCUGAAUUUCUUGGAGACGGCGAUACGGAACCCUAGCUUUAUCAAGAACUUCGGCCGGAAAGUCGAGCAGCUGGAUAUCUCGGCGUACAACAAAAAGCGGAGGCUGCCUCAAGCUGAGAUUUCGAAGCCGCCUUCAGAAGAUUCGCAUCUUGAUAACAGCAGUGGUAGCUCGAGACCUGAGUCUGGAAACAUUUUCCAUCAGAGUUUCUCGAGUAAACUUCGGUUAGAGCUUUCUCCGGCUGUUUCAGAUAUGAACAUGGUUUCACACAGCAUACAAAGCUCCAACGAAGAAGGAGCGAGUCCCAAAGGAAUAAGCGAUCCAAAAGCUGGACAAACAAGAAGAGAUGUCUUGCCAUUUGCACCUGAAGCGUUGGAGCUUGCGGAUACAGGGUCAUGCCCGGGGAGAUUACUGAUCAAUGAUAGCGCAAGAGCAGAGACUUUGCCACAGAGGCUUACGUCUUCAGAGGAGACUGAUGGUAGCUUCUCAUGUCAUUUAAAUCUAACUCUUGCUUCUGCUCCGUUGCCGGAGAAGACAGCUUCUCAGAUAGCUAAGACGAUUCAUAAAAGUCAGGAGUUAAACUUCAACUCGGUUGAAACAAGUGGAAGCGAGAAAAACCGGUGUCAACAAGAGGUUGCUGUUGGAGGUAAGCAAGGAAAUGCAGCUCCUCCGGGGAGAGUGAAUGAUGUGUUCUGGGAAAACUUCUUAACGGAAAGGCCAGGGUCUUCAGAUAAUGAAGAGGCGAGUUCUACUUAUAGAGGAAACCCAUUUGAAGAGCAAGAAGAGAGGCGAAACGGGAAUAUGAUGUCCAGAAACACAGAAAAUAUCGAGCAGCUGACACUAUAA